AUGCAAGAUCUACGUGGAGCGAACAGGCAAUCGCCGUUAGCAGCUGGUGAACGUCAGGGACAAAACUUACAAAGGCGACCGAGGGAGAUACAGCAACGCGACGACAACUCACAAAGGAAGUUGACAGAGAUGCCACGACAGCAGGAAAACUUGCAAAGGCAGUUACAGGAAAUGCAGCAACGCGAGGAAAAUUCCGAAAGGCAGUUGAGAGAGAUGCAGCAACGCCAGGAAAAUUCGCGAAGGCAGUUGAGAGAGACGCAGCAACGCGAAGAAAAUUCACAAAGGCAGUUGACGGAGACGCAACGACAGCGGGAAAACUUGCAAAGGCAGUUACAGGAAAUGCAGCAACGCGAAGAAAAUUCACAAAGGCAGUUGACGGAGACGCAACGACAGCGGGAAAACUUGCAAAGGCAGUUACAGGAAAUGCAGCAACGCGAAGAAAACUCGCAAAGGCAGUUGACAGAGAUGCAGCAACGCGAAGAAAAUUCGCAAAGGCAGUUGAGAGAAAUGCAUCAACGAUUAGAGAACUCCCAGCAACAGGUGUCCACCUUAGAAAGACAACUUAGAGGCAAAGAUCAGGAAGUAAAUGAACUAGAGUUAAGUCUUUCAUUAGCCCAGCAAACGAUAAGUGAACAACGACGACAGGAAACAUGCGACUGGGUCAUUUCCCGCAAUGAAAUUCAUAUGACAGAGAAUUGCCUAGGGAGGGGAGGUUGGGGAAGUGUCAAUGAAGGUACCUACUGUGGCUGUACUGUAGCAGUGAAGCAAAUCCAUGACCUGAUUCUGUCUCCUCACAACAGGCUUUUAUUUGAAAGAGAAAUGAAUAUUGCUUCAGCUUGCCGCCAUCCCUGUUUGCUGCAGUUUAUUGGCGCCACAAAUGACGAGGGAACUCCUCUGUUUGUGACCGAGCUCAUGGAGAUGAGCCUGCGAGCUUUAUUGGCACAGCGGCAACUUUCCGAAACAGAAAUAACUGUAAUUUCUUUGGAUGUAGCUCGUGCGCUGAACUACCUUCAUCAGAAGAAACCACAUCCCAUCAUUCACCGGGACGUCAGCAGUGCCAAUGUGUUGCUAUGGCGACAAGGUGAUCAAUGGAGAGGCAAAGUGUCAGAUUAUGGCACGGCUAAUUUCAUGCAGCAGACCAUGACAGUGGCUCCUGGAGCUAUGAUUUAUAGCUCACCUGAAGCAUUAACACCAAACCAAACAGUGAAGGUUGGUUAUUACUGGUUUUAGCGCCCAGCUUUCAGUUUUAUAAGCAUAUAACACAGUGUGUGCGAGCGUGACCUGCGGAGUUUGAGCGAGUCUAUUGGACCCAAGCUUGCUAGCCAGAUUUAUUCUAAUAAUGGUCCAUCACACCUACAUUACCUUGAGGGAACUGACAAACGUUUUGAGUUAAAAUGUACUGAUCCUUCUAGAGUGUUCUCGCUUUUGUCUAAGCUUUGUAAAUCGAAAGCCACAGGCCUAGAUAUGAUAUCUGCGCGACUUCUUAGGGAAUGCGCCGAUCUGAUUGCUGAUCCUAUGUGUUCUAUUUUUAAUCAGUCCAUCAGAUCAGGUAUUUUCCCUCAGGAAUGGAAAUGCGCAAAAGUUAUUCCACUUUUCAAAGAGGGAAAUCACUCCGACUUAAACAAUUAUCGCCCAAUUUCUAUCGUCCCUACAGUAGCUAAGGUGUUUGAGCGUAUCAUCUACGACCAGGUUUACGGUUAUCUUACUGAAAACAAUUUGAUUUCCAGCCAACAAUCUGGUUUUCGUUCGCUCCACUCAACUGUUACUGCCUUGUUGAAGGCCAUUAACGAUUGGGCCUUCAACAUUGAUAAAGGCAGUGUAAAUGCAGUAGUUUUCCUCGACCUAAAAAAAGCUUUCGAUACCGUUGACCAUACAAUUCUUCUGUCUAAAUUAUUCGAAUAUGGUAUCCGCGGUAACGCUUAUGAAUGGUUUAGGUCAUACCUAGAUAAUCGCAAUCAACAGUGUUUCGUAAAUGGUUCGCUCUCAAAUAGUCAAAUUCUCACUUGUGGCAUUCCGCAAGGAACAAUUCUAGGACCUUUGCUUUUUAUUUUAUACAUAAAUGAUCUUCCUAAUUGCCUGUCUAAUUCAGUUGCACGUAUGUAUGCCGACGAUACUCACCUGACCUUUGCCAGUAACAACAUAGAAACGAUCAAUGAUGUUAUGAAUCUCGACCUAUCCAAUGUUAAUACAUGGCUCACUGCAAACAAAUUGACUCUCAAUUCAUCUAAAACUGAGUUCAUGUUAAUUGGAUCGCGGCAAAGGUUAGGUACUUACGAUACUUCCCCUAAACUAAUCAUAGGUGGUGACAUAAUUAAACAAGUUAGCUCGGUUAAAUCUCUGGGUGUGCAUAUAGACGAAAACCUUUCAUGGAAUAUGCACAUUGAAAAAAUAGCCAAGAAAAUCGCAUCGGGCUUUGGAGCAAUUAAACGUUGUAGGCCUUUUGUUAAUCGAACCACGCUGGAGUCCGUUUUCAAUGCCUUAGUUCAACCGUACUUUAAUUACUGCAGCGAGGUCUGGGGGCAUUGUAACAAACGUCUUUCGAAUAAGCUCCAAAAGUUGCAAAACCGGGCUGCCCGUAUUCUAACCUUCUCCAGUUAUGACACAAACGCUGAUCCUCUUCUUGAGCAACUCAACUGGAAACGGUUGGAUACUCAGCGACAAAUACAAGUGGCCACCAUGGUCUAUAAAUCUAUACAUGGUCUUGCGCCCGACUAUCUUGGUUCUCUUUUCACUAAAUAUAAUCCACCUUAUAAUUUAAGGAACUCUGAAAACAAACUAGCUGUUCCAUUGCCCCGCACCAAUUUCUUGAAAAAUAGCUUUAGCUAUAAUGGUGCGGUUAUCUGGAACAGCUUGUCCCCUGAAUUGCGGCAAGCAAAAUCACUUAAAACUUUUCGAAAUGGUUGUCGCGAUUUCUUUGACUGAAUCGAUAAAACGCACACGGCAUCUAUGUAAAGCAGAAUUUCUUUAUUUACUCUAUUUUUACUAUUUAAAUUUUUAGAUCAUGUUUAUAUAGAUUAAAGUAGAUUGUAAUUUUUCUUCUUAUUAUUAUUUUAUCUGAUAGAUUUACCGUGUUUAAAUAAAAAUAAAGUUCAAGUUCAAGAACGUUUUUGAGGUGGGAUGUCACUGAGUCAUUCAGAAAGUACUUUAUGUUUAGAAGGUUCUUCAGUUGAAAUCGUCUCUUAGCAUCAGAGCAAGAAAGGUGGAUCAAAAUGUAGAUUUCUCAAACGUAAACUCAAUUUUCCCUCCUAAUGUUUUUAGGUUGACGUUUAUAGCUAUGCUGUUUUAUUGUGCGAAAUGUGCAUUCGGGAACUCCCAAAUCCUGAAAAGCGUGACGAGCAAGUUUUGUUGAUGACGAAGCGCGUGUUAAGAGGCCUGGUACGGCGAUGCCUGCAGACAGAUCCUGAAGCGAGGCCAACCAUGCAGGAGAUAAUCGAUGAAUUAUCCGGAGCUGUGUAA